GUAAACAUAUCUACAUAGGUUAGAGUCAUUUCUUUAAAGCACUCGCUGCGUAUUAGAUUAGGUACAAUUUUUGUGACAGUAUUUACAGAUUUUGACAAAAGAUAUGCAUUUAAAAGUGACCAUUAUACACACCUCCUUUAUAUUGUUGUGUGGCAUAACAGCAUUGUCACAAAACGCUACAAAAACUGAAGAUGUAGAGAAAAACGUUACAUCGAUUAUGUUAGACGCUGUUAGCCACCACGACAAAGAAACAUACCUAAUAACACAAAAUAUUACAAAUUUUGGUGAAAAUCUAAACAUUAUGAAACAGAAUAAGAAAUAUAGAGUGAAAGUAAGAAAAAGGAACAAAAAUAAAAAUGAAUCGAACAGAACAACGGAAAUGUCGCUGACAGAAAAUGUUGGCUUUUCUAACACAACGGCAAACGAGUUUAGAAAAAAAAGGCGCAAAAAAAGGAGACGAAGGAAGAAACAGAAUCAAGACAAUAUCCUUGAAAUUACCACCGCAAGGUCAAUAAAUAACACACUUACUUACGUACACAUAAACAAUACGCUUAAGUACUUAAACAGCACUCACGGUAACCUCGAUAUUUACGCUCAAAAUGGCACAGAAAAAAUGAAUGUUAAAUCGUCUAAUUUUGUUAAUAAUAGUAGCACUCCGAGAAAACAAAGUAGAUGCAAAAUAAAGAACGGUGGUUGUUCCCAGAUAUGCAGACCAAAAGGUAAAACAAAAUGCUCUUGUCUGAAAGGUUAUAGGUUAGCUAAAAAUCGCAAGAAAUGUAUAGACAUAGAUGAAUGCCGAAUAAAAAACGGUGGUUGUAAAGAAAUAUGCCGAAACAGUUUGGGCGGAUAUGUUUGCGACUGCUCUUUAGGCUUUAGACUAUCUGAAGAUUAUAAAUCAUGCCAAGACAUCAACGAAUGCCAUCUUCGUAACGGUCACGGGCCUUGCCAAGACACUUGUACAAACACAUAUGGUUCGUACAUUUGUGACUGUUCUCAUUUAAAUGGAACCAGAUUAGCUAGUGACAAACAUUCCUGCGAUGACAUUAAUGAAUGUGAAGAAUUCAAUCCAGGGUGUUCCCAUUUGUGCAUUAACACAAGAGUUGGUGCAUUCUGCUCGUGUCCAGAAGGAAUGGAAUUGAUGUCAGAUUAUAAAACUUGUCAAGAUGUAGACGAGUGUGAAGAUGCCUCUAUUAAAUCAUUGUGUUCACGUGGAUGUGUUAAUACGAUUGGGUCAUACUAUUGUGAAGAGGAUUUUCAAAACGAUCACUACGUGAAUAAGAAAAAAAUUCCUUCGUGUCCUCCUUUAGAUCUUCCACAACAUGGUUUCAUAACGUGUUACCGAAAUAACUCCUUACCAUAUGAUACUUUUACAAAGUAUGGACGCAAAAUUAUCAAAAACAGUCCAGGAACCAAGUGUCAUCUGGAAUGUCCUGUGGGUUUUAGACUUCUGGGAGAAGGAAGAUAUAUUUGUGACAUUUCUGGAAAAUGGGUCAUCAGAAAGAAAGGACUGUGCAUUAAGUCACCGUAUCCAAAACUGCAUUGUCCACCCGAUCAAACAUUUUUCUUAAACAAAGGCCAAAGAAGUAUUCUGGUGCGCUUUCCAGCACCGCAGACUAAUAUUCGUUGGAAAAUCGUUAAAUCAUAUCCUAAAUGGGCGAAAAAUCUCAAAGGCAAGUUAAGUGAGGGUCGCCACAAUAUACAAUUUUCUGUAACAGAUCCUGCAUCUAAAUUGUCGUCUACUUGUUCCUUUUCAGUAUUAGUAAAAAAAUGAAAGUAGAUCACCA